GCACCGGGGCUUCUGGCAGUCGGUAUCGAACCGUCGCGGCUCGCGCGGCCAGACGUAGGUACGACUCUUCACGAGUACGCGAGUGCCUAUGUGUGCUUUAGUUUUUCCGCCUCCGAGUCCAUCGUACGUACAACGACGCGUGUUGUCAUCGCGGCGGACCCGCACACACACCUAACGCAGCUGGUUGUUCGUUAGCUUAUUGUAACUGUUGGUAUUAUCGUCGUAUACAUCGCAGCGAUUUGCAUCGUCAAGAGCACGGGAGUAUCGUUAUGUGGGUGAAAGAAGAGGAGGAGAGCAGCAGUUCAUCUUCGACGACGACGACGGCGACUAAGUCACGGCGGAGCUUGCAAGGGAAGCAGCAGCGCCGCUAAGGGGGAAAAAGCUGCCCCGCCGCCGAUGGGAUCGAUCGCACGAGCGCGGCGAGAUAUCGUUGCCCCCAGGUGAUUGAAUAAAGGAGGACUGGCUGGAUUUUCUCAUCGUCUUUGGGAGAAUUUAUGAGGCAGACAUGGACGCCGGAGCCGGUCAGGGUAAAAAGCAGGUCCGCGUGGGUUUCUACGACAUCGAAGGCACCAUCGGCAAGGGCAACUUUGCCGUGGUCAAACUGGCCAGACAUCGAAUCACCAAGACGGAGGUGGCCAUCAAGAUAAUCGACAAGAGUCAGCUGGACCCGACGAAUCUCGAGAAGGUCUACCGGGAGGUCGAGAUCAUGAAGCAGCUCGAGCACCCGCACAUCGUCAAGCUCUACCAGGUCAUGGAGACGAAGAACAUGCUCUACAUGGUCUGCGAGUACGCGAGUCGAGGCGAGAUCUUCGACUACAUAGCCCGCUACGGUCGAAUGGGCGAGCCGCGAGCUCGGGCGACCUUCGCUCAGAUCCUCUCGGCCGUCGAGUACUGCCACGCGACUGGCGUCGCUCACCGCGACCUCAAGGCCGAGAACCUGCUGCUCGACGCCCAGAUGUGCGUGAAGAUCGCCGACUUUGGCUUCAGCAACAGGUUCGCCCCAGGGGAGAGACUGAGCACCUGGUGCGGCAGUCCGCCUUACGCCGCCCCGGAAGUCUUUCGCGGGAAGCACUACGCCGGCCCGGAGAUCGACGUUUGGAGUUUGGGUGUAGUUCUGUACGUCCUAGUCUGCGGCGCUCUGCCCUUCGACGGCUCGACUCUCCAAUCGCUGCGGGAUCGGGUCCUCAGCGGCAGAUUCCGCAUCCCUUACUUCAUGAGCACAGACUGCGAGAGCCUGAUAAGGAAGAUGCUGGUGCUGGAGCCGGGCAAACGGUACACGAUACCGCAGAUAAAGAGGCACCGCUGGAUGGCAGGCGCCACGGACUCGAUUCGCCCUGUCGUGCCGACGACCUCGCCGUCGCUCCAGGAACCCAACGAGCAGAUACUCAGGCUCAUGCACAGCCUUGGAAUCGACAUCGCGCGCACUCGAGAGUCACUGAGGAACAACAGCUACGAUCAUCACGCCGCCAUAUAUUUCUUACUUCUCGAAAGACUGAAACAGCAUCGAAGCCGAACGAAGGACGAGAAAUUCAAAUCGAGAGGCCGAGAGGAGAUGUGCCGCAGCGGCAAGCGCUUCAGCUCGACGAGUUCCUCGACGGACGAGGGCUGCUGCAGCGCCGAGGGCGACCUGGAGGAGGUGCCCUCCGGCGACGAGCUUCGCGACGCGCAGAUCAAGCUCGAGGAGCACCGGCUGGGCCUGGACCGCGACAUAAGCCAGCGCAUCGACAGCCAGAUCGUGAACCGUCGGCUGAGCGACUACCAGCACCAGCACUUCAACAGCGAGUCGGGCUCGCCGAUCCUCGAGCCCCUCGAGCCAGCCGCGAGCGGUGGCCAGGUAGCCAUGCAACACCAGAGCCAGGUCCAGGCCAACGGCGCGGCCACGAACGGCAACGGACGCGCCGCGAGUAUAUUCGGUGGGGUUAACAACGGAGGUAGCAACGGAAGCUCGUCGUCCGAGUUCUUCGAGUCGAGUUUUGACUCCGGCUGUCCGCCCGAUUACACCACCACCUCGAGCUGCUUCACCAGCAGUCUGCCGUCCUGUACCCCACCGCCGCCCAAAAGCCCGUCGCCCGUUGCCAGCAGGAUAUCCAGGGUCGCAGCCCAGGGCAGAAGGGCAUCCGACGGGGGGCCCAGGUUGCUGUUCGCUCAGCAGGGAGGAGGCGACAGACCCGUCAAGCAGAGGAGCAUCCAAGACUCGGGCAAAGCAAGGGGACACCUAGACCUGGUGCACCUGCGUCCACCGCCAGCCUCUCCUCAGUCCCAGUCGCAGUUUAAGUUGCGCAGCGUCGACUCGGGCACGCAGCUCCAGCUCUUGGUGCAGCAGCGCAUGCUCCAGCAGAAGCGCAGCCUCUUCCACAGGCACCGCAGCGGCGGCAGCCCCACACCUCUGGCCGGUUCGGCCAACAGCUCCAUCUCGUCCUCCUCCGUUAGACUCAGCAGCAGUGGCGGCGACCACCUGGCCCGCCAGGACAGCUACAAACUGGCCCAGCGGGCCCAGAUUGUCCCCCUCCUGCCGGGCGGGCCCUCCCCCCACCACAGUCCCGGCAUCGGGCUCCACCACCAUCAGUCGGUAAUGUCGGGACAGUCGCACCACCUGCACCACCACAACCACCAUCAUCAUCUGCUGGAGGACGAGUUCAUGGGCGGCGGGAGCAGCAGGGAACGGGACGAGGAGCGCUGGAAGAGCCUGCCCUCGAGGCUCGCGGCCGACUGCCAACUGGCCGAGCGCACUCUACUCUGGAGCCAGCAGGUGGCAGGCCUCAGCGGAGGCGCAUCGUACCUUCCGCCAGGAAGCGUGGGCGGCUUUCUCUGGCCGACUAGCAGCAACCCCCACUCGACGAUCUUCGAGAACAGCGCGGGCGACCCGAUGGAAUGACUGCCGGACAUCAGGGCCUCUCUCGCCAACUGCACGAUCCGGCUAAGGAGUGCCAGUGGCUCGGCCGGUGGCUCCGGCUCCAAGAGGUCCCUGAUUCGACCCUGAAUUUCGCAGAAGAAAGAGCCGAGGUCGUUUUUACCGACCGAGCUGGUAACGCCACUCGUCAAGUAUUUGUACACAGGAUUUAGUUACGAUUUGACCGCAACUCGUUGCAACGCACCGUUUCAAUCUGAUUUUCGACAAGUGUUAUACGGCUUCGAAGAUGCACUCGUUUGGUUUUAUAGUAUACGUCGAGUAUCGUUCGCAAAGCCCCCCUAAAAACUCGACUCGGUCGGUAAACGCGAGUUUUUGAGAUGAAUUAUCGAUAUACACGAGCGACAGACGUUACGCUGAUGCACUGUCCAUCUCGAUUUUUGUUAAACGCUACGUAGAUUGUUCGAUUCCAGCCUUCUGGAACUGCUCACACGUAUUGUACACGUCGUAAAUAUAUACAUAGCGUAUACUAUAUAUAAAAAAUAUAUAAAGCCACGCGGUCUUCGCUACGGAAAAAUAAAAAAAUUGUUCAGUCUCUGCCGACUGCUUUUGAUCGUCGAACGUCAAUAUCUUUCGCGCUGCGCUGAACGCGCGAGCAAUGUUAAUGUAUUAAUAGAUAUAUAGCUUAUAUCCAGUCGCACACGAUGAUUCCAGAUGUAAUGGGGGGGAACGGCGCGUGCUACCAAAAAUGUCAUUGCAUUGACGUUACAAGGCCAAGCGUCUUGAAUCGCUUCUCGAAGAGACUCUGCUUUUCUUCUUUCUUUUCUUUCCACACGACGCGUUUGUACGUUUCUAUACACGAGUUAUUUUUGGUUGCCGGAAAGAUGAACAGCGAUAAACUGUGUAUUGGCUUUUUAAAUAAAAGUUUCGAUUUUUCGAGGACGAUUCGAGAUUCUUGGUCGUGUGACGAUGAUAAAAAGUCUAUUAUUACAAAGGCGUAGAUGACUCCUAGAGACUCUACGCGACUGAUGUUUAUAAUAGGGAUUAGAGUCAAUCAACUUUUAGAUAUUCUUUUUUUAUAAAUUUUAACAAAGUUUCUUUCGAAAAAGGGUCCUUUCUAUAUGGAUUAUCGUUUCUUUGAUUUACUUUUGAAAAUUCUUCGAGUGUUUGUACGAGUAUGUUUCCACUUUGCACUUUGUAAGCAAUACUUGCAAAAUUUUAUAAGUGAACUUGCCAACCCUUUUGUAAAUGACAACUUUUCGUAACUCGCAUAUCAGUGGAGCAAGUCUUUUUCAGCAUAAUCAGUCAUAUUAUUGUAUAAUACUAUACACACAACUCAAAUUCUAUAAAAAAAAUAAAAUAUUGUUGCAUCAAAAUUGUAAAUAUACAAUUGAGUCUCGUUGAGGAAAAAACGAAUAUUUAAAAGUUCUUUGAGUCAGCUGUUGUGAGUAAAGAGUCUAAGAUUUGUGGCGUCUCUCGCGGAAGUGCCCCCGACGAGAGUCAGCCUUUUUAGCGACUUGUAUAACUGCGUGAUUCGCGCGAGAAGUUAAACGAUGAUACCAUGCUAGCGACGGAGAUGCAAAAAAAAAUGUUGAAGAAAAAAAAAUCGAAAAAAAUUAUUAUAUCCACUAGAUAAACGUAAGGCGGUAGUCCAGUGUCUUGUGGUAGCACGUACGCCUUAAUUAUUAUACGCGACUGACGAACGAUAUCUUAUACAUGUAUAUCGAUAAAAUGAAGAGAUAGAAAAUAAUAUGCAAUUUCAUUAUAGACUGAUGUAUAUGAAAAAAAAAAGAAAAAAAAACAAUGAGUAACACCAAGCGACAUUGAACACUUUAAUGCACUUUUACACGAACGUGGAGGCGAGCAAAUAUACAUUCACACCACGAGAAGAAGAAUACAAAUCAAGGAGGCAUAUUUAGGUUUUUUUCUGAAAGAGACUUUUGAAAAAGGGCCAAAAGCUGUUCGUUUCUUUUAUCUCGACCAAAGAGCACGUUAUACAAUAGGUAAAUAUACUCUUAAGUAUGCGACGUUCGAGUAAACAAAAAAUGAAUGAUUAAACAAUGCGUUGAAAAAAAAUGUGAUAUAUCGAAGCUCGACGAGCUUUACAUACUCGUCGAUGUAUGCCCGUUAUAUUAUACUUAUGAUCUCCGGCAACUUGACCCUUCAUCCCUUUUUAAAGUUUCGACCACGUACACACGCGCGCGCGAUUAUUUUUAAGACUUUGUAUACACGUACAACUAAUAUGCUUUCACAUUCCGAUCUAAUAAUUCUCGCGCACUUUUACGGCUAUCAUUUUAUAUGAGUGAUUUACUGUACAGAUUUUUCAAGCGUCUACGACAUACCGACCACUUCUCUGCAUUAUAAUAACUCUUCUGUCAAUAAUGAAACAAAUGCGAAGCUACAUGCAAUCGAUACUAUACUUGGGGGACAUAAGUGUAAGUCGUCAAUUCAACAUAAUCGAGCUGCGCAUCUUUAUUAUCGCCCGCCUCUUCUCACUACUCGCGGAGAAAGUUUCUGCGACGAUGUGUGAAGCAAAAGCUCGAAUUAAACAAUUAUAUAAUAAAAAGUCACAUCAGCCGCAGCGAACUUCUCACUGUGCACCAGCUGACGAAGGGAACAAGCGGCGUAAGGUCUUGGAAACAAAAAAAAUAUUCACGCGAUACACCAGUUAGCAUUGUACUUCGUAAUCAUAUAGCGGAUGCGGGGAGACUCGGGAAAAAAGGAGCUAUUCGGAACAGAGAGAAUCCGGCGUAUACAAGUUCAGAUAAGCAGCAGGAAAGGACACGAAAAAAACGAGGAAAAAUCGCGUGUCAGGAGUCGGCGAGGCGUGAACGAGUAGAUAUAUAGGUGUGCCGCGGUGUAUAAAUUCGCUGUCGAGACGAGCAUAUAGCUUUAGCAGGGAAUUAUCGAAGCCGAAGCGUAACCGAGCUUUCGGGAGCUUUCUCGAGUACGCGCGUGCGUUUGAGCAAGUGAAUUGGUUUUUCUACACGUUGUUUUCGAUUGAUUUGUAUACUGAAACUUUUCGAAGCUCACGAUUUACAAGACCUUCUACGCCACGUGUAUCACUUCCGCCCGCGAAAUCCGCACGAGUAUUAUUAGAGGUUCGAUUGAACGUGUGUUACUAUAUGCUGCAGAUUUUAUGGGGAAUCAUGUGCUUGAUAACAAAAAAACAAUCUUUCUCGGCUUACACUACCCAGCGCAUACAAGUGUAUCAAUAUAUAUAGACAUGAAAAAAAUCUUCCACUGUAAAUGAGGCGACUAUACACGUAAACACAAACAUACACACGGUACGAGGCAACAGAAAAAAAAACAGAAAAACCGACGAUAAUAAACAAAAGGAUAUUAUUAUUAUCAUAUCAAUUAUUACUGCAUAGCUCUUUGAAUAAAUAAAAAAAUUGUAAAAGAGUAGCCGAAUACGAGAAGAAGUCAUUUAUUAAGGGUAUACUGUGUAUUUAUAAAGUGUGGAAGGCGAUGCACUCCGAGCUGUUUUCGUUUGAAGGCUACCGUAUAAGACUGGAUCCGACAGCGAAUCUUCGUCUUUCAUAUCUCGGUUGGUGAGGGAUAUUAUUCGCCAGCUAUAUUCGUAUAGAGACGAAGAGAGAACGUGUAUAAGCCGAACGGAAGAACGUUCAAUCAUUGUAUAUUGAUUAUAAAAGCGACACAUGUGCGACGAUCUUUUUAUAUACCUACAAUAUACGCAUGUAACACGAUGAUCGUAAUGUAUUUAAUAACGCAUAGGUGUGUGUAUCAACGCACCGAUACAUCGUAGUUAGAUUUUUCAAGUCUAGUCGGUAAUGCUUAGUGAUUAGACGGUGUUUUUCAUUUAUGCGGUUGAAUAUCAUCCACUGCGAUACGUGUGUAAACCAACUUCCGAAAAAGCUUCCUCAUUUAUUGUAGUUUUCCCGAAUGAACCAUAUCUCUAAGCUUAAAGUUCUCACAUAAACCCUCAUCGUAUACACACAAUUGUUUAACACCAUAAUAAUGAUAAACGCAAAGCUUGUACCCUUGUUUCUUACACAUAGAGGGAAAUCUUAAAGGAAUAAUUAUAAUAACAAUAAUAUUAUACGAUAAUGAAUUAAUCGAGAUUAGACUACGACUAUUUCAAAUUUCUACACGAUAUAUACUGAUGCGAAUCCGUCUUAUUUAAAAGAAAAAAGAAACACAGACAAUAUAGGAUCACAGGGAACUCCGCGAGCUUUCAACGGAGUGCAUCGCUCUUCUUAAUCGUUAGAUCGAAUCUUAAUCACUAAUUAUUAGGAAGCAAUAUACCGGCCGCGCACAACCGACAACGAUUAUAUAACGGAAACGCUGAGAGACGCUCCAGUUUAUCGCCAUUUUUUUAUCAAAAUGAAUAAAAAUGCAAAGCAAACCAUUAUAAACGAUAACUAAUGAAAAAACAAGCAAAAAGUACGUGCGAGGAUCGAGGAAGUUGAAGCAGGUGAUGGGCAGGAGUGACACGAAUGAAAACAAUCAAAUUUCGCUCGAGAAUAUAAUCUUUUUGAUAAGCGAAUCCGUAUAUAGCUCUUAAGUUUAGCCUAAUUAUGUCUCGGAUCGUCACAUUUUUACUUGAUGUAUACGUGCGGUGCGGAAAACGCGAAAUCGAUCAUGAUGAAUGUAUUAGGAAUUGAUCGUUUCCGAAAAAAAAGUUAAGAAAUCAGUUUGACUGUUGUACCUCAUAAUUUUUAACAUAAUUUACUAAGAAAAAAUUCACGUCACCCGCAGAAGGAAAAGAGAAUAUUCAAAUCAACUCUCUCUCUCUCGUAUACCCGCGUACGCACGCGUUUUUUCACUGGAAUAAAAAAUAAAUAAUAAAAAUAUACCAAUACCCCACACACUAUCGUACACUUAUAAACACAAGUUGUAUACUCUAUUAUAUAACGAUUGCGUUUGACUCGACUUAUUACGAACGAGGAGAAGAGAGGAAGGAGCGAUUUUUUUUUGUAUAACGACGAUAUAUAAUUAUAAUCUAUAAAUGUGAUACGAGGGCUCAUCCUUUUUUGCAUCGGCGCGAGAUCUUAAAACUCGGUAGUCAAUAGUUGCAGGUGCAUUUUUUAGAGUGACUAUUUGCCAUGAUGUGAAGUACCCAGAAUAACAUAAAGGCGAUUUUAAUUUCGCGAUCGAUCCAUAUCAAGUGGCGCAGGAGGUGACGGAGGAAAAGUGAUUAAUCGUUUGUAAAUUUGAGAUGAAAACUGCGGGGACAGAGAGAAAAAAGAGGAGGGACGAUAGAAAGAGAGGAAGUUCGUUGUUGUCGACGCGAUGGCAAAUAAUCGCCAGUUAUUUAUAAGUCAAAUAGAGGAUCGUCAACGAUAUAACGCAGGUGGAUAUAGAAUGUAUUGAAUAAAAAUAUAUACAAACUAUAA